AUGUCAUCAAGCAGACCUUGGGUUCCUUGUUUCUUUCCUCCUUUGGGGAUUAGCGUGUUAGUCAGUAGUAAAUCAGAUGUAAAAGUGUAUAAUGCUCAGACAGGUGUCCUUGAAAAAGAGGCAUGCCUACUCACUGGAUCAAAUGUCAAAGAUAUUUGUAUGUGUGUUGGCUACUUCACUAAUGAACGGCUCGUUAUUGCUGGAGGCACAGAAAUCAAUGCUAGAAGGCAUCUAAACGAAUCAAUAUUACUCCAAGGAUUCCUUAAUAGGCGCAUUCAGCACAAGUCCGAUGAAAUUUCCCUUGAGUUGGAUUCUCAACAGAGCUCUGUCCUGGAGUUAUUUCUUUUUAAAAACGAUUACUCACUCACUGAUUUUGAAGAGCUAACUUUUGAAACAUUAAAUGGACGCAGUCCCAAGUGGAAAACAUUUACUAUAACUGGUAGCUACGAGCACAUCUACUAUCUAGUUAAUCAUUUGCUCCACAUGUGCUCUCAUGAAAAUCAUUCAGUCGAUCCUCUUUACAGGUCAAUGCUUCAUCGCCUCAUACGAAUAGCAUUGGAUAGUGAUAGCAUUUUGUUUUAUACAGCAAAGCGAGAGCCACUCACCAUGCAGUGUGAAGCCCAUAGGCGCUUAACGUUUGCCCAUUGGCCACAUAUGGACUACCAGUGGGCAACUCCUUCCGCUUUGGCUGAAGCUGGUUUCUACUUCCCAUUUAAAUAUCCCCUGGAUAUUGUAUACUGUUUCGAAUGUUUGAUUAACUUGGCUUCUUGGGAACCAACUGAUGAACCUUGGAGUGAACACAUAAGACAUUCUUCGUCAUGUAGUUUUGUCUCUUCACCUAAUUUAAAAAGUAUUCCUAGUGUUGUUUCGUGGGCAACAGAAACAGCACAGACGCAAACUAUCUCCAAUGAGCCCAUUACAGUGCUCACGACUACUUCUUCAAAGGAUUUUAUUGCAACUUCAACAGUCAAUGGAGGGAUUACUAUAUGGGAUUUAUCAUAUUUUAAUCGACGCACUUUGGAGUUCAAUCUUGUGGACGUAUUGAAUGCCUCCAUUCUCGAUGUCAGCAAACGCGUCAAUAAAUCUCAACUGGAAGUACACUGUGGUUGUCUACUAGUAUCCAAUGCUGCCUACCUGCCUGAAUUAAUCUGUCUUCCAAAACCACCGAAACUGCAUCAUUUAAUAUUGGCGUGUUGUUUACCGAAUUCUGUAUAUAACGAAUUAAAGUGUACUUUGAAUAAAAAUUCUUCUACGACUACUACUGCUGCUACUGCUGUCAACAGUUUUGGAUCGCAUAAAUUAUGUCUCUUAAUUCUACAAUUAACUCCAUUGAAUAGUGAACAAUUAAUGUGGUUAUCAGAUACUUUGUCAGCACCUACGUCAGUGAAAUCAUUCGUGUACUCGUCAACAAUUUCUGGUGCAAAUAUAUUCUCUCUUCAUUCAGUCCCAGUAAAUCUAAUGAAAUUCCUUCCAUUGAUUGGAACUGUUGGGCAUACAGUGGAAGAUGAUGAAGAAGAGGACGACGACGAGGAGGAGGAGGAGGCAGAAGAAGGUGGAGAUGAUUAUGAUGGUGUUAAUGGGGAUGGUGAUGAUGACGACUAUGACGAUGAAUUGGCUGAAAUUGAUUCCAAUGAGACUGAAUCACAGAAUGCUAACCUUCUAGUAGACGAUGUAACACUUUCACCACCGAUUAGUUCCGGUGAAGCUACAAUGACUCAAUCACCGUCUACUUCACAGGUGGAUCUUAAUCAACCUGUUGAAGAUGGUCUAUACAAAUAUCUUGCCUUGUCUAAUGUCAUCGAUGAAUCAGUCUCUUUCAAAGUUAUGGAUUGUCAGAAGAUAACUUCGAAUGAUAAUAAUGAUGCAUCAAAGUUGAAGUCAUCAUCGAAGCCUUUUUUUUCAUCACCGUCACAGUCACCAUCGCCGUCAUCACCGAUUAAACAGCAAUCCAAUCCGACUGAAGCUACUACUAUUACUACUACAACUGAUGAUAUUCUUUCAGAUUGUCAUUCGAAAAGAAUUACAGACAAACUGCCUACACUUAUCGGCAUAAUACAUUUAUCAGAUAUUAAUAAUCCCACAGACACAGAUGUUCAAAAGUUGAAUUUAAAAGUCCUGAAAAUAUCACCAGUAGUCGGUUUACCGACAUCGAUGAAUCAUGCUAAUAGGUCAACAACAUCAUCACCUCAAGGGAUACUUGUCUGUUGUGGUACUGAAUUAUCAUCUCUGAGUGGCGAUGAUGAUGAUGAUAUUCAUCACAAUGACACUGCGGAGAAUCAACAUCAGUCGACUGAAAAUGGUGAUUUAUUUUUAUUCGAGUAUAAAGCUGGUGCAGUUGAUUGGAACGCCUCUCAUUCAGUUCUUAGUGAAAAUCCACUUUUGCAUAUUCAAUUACCUGGUAAUUAUUGUCCCAUUGAAAUGGAUGUCUUGUCUAAUGAUAAUAAUGAUCUUCAAUAUUGUUGUUGUUCAAAUCCACUGAACAAUAUCAUUCAAUUACCAAUUGAAUACUAUUCUGUUAAGCAAGAUAAUCAAAUCAAAAGGGAUGCAAAGUUUACGCUACAGUCAUUUAUCGAUUGUACAUCAGGGGAUCUUUCAAUGUGCUGUUUCCUGCUUACAAUAUCUGGUUCAUUGUUACAAGUGAAUUUUUAUAAUGAUUUCUCGUGUCUUAUCCAACUUCUUAUUUCUGAUCCCAUAUCAUGCAUAGAUGAAGAUAUACAGCAGAAGAAUGAGAAGACAGAUGAAGAAACUACUAGUGUUAAUGUACAUCGUAUACAAUUUAAUGCAUUUACAUAUUGUACUGGACUAGGAAAUCUAUGCCUGUGUACUGUAGACGGUCAAAUGUGUAUAUACCAGUUGUAUAAUCAAGAGCUUUUCAAAUAUGAUAUGAAUAAAGAGAAACGUAUCACCUUAAAGAGUUCAGCUUCAUCUGUGAAUAUAAAGAAAUCUAAAACAUCAUCGAGUAUUAUUGAUAAUACUUCUAUUACAAGUUGUUCAUUAAGCGAUCUAUACGCUUACUGUAAUUCUCCAAUAGAUCAAUGCAUUAUAUUACAUCAGUUAAUUCAAACAAUUCCUGUAGACGCACAAAUCCAAAUUAAUUUUCCUGAUCGAAUUGGAUGGUAUGAAGUUGAUCUUUUUCGAUCAAUAAUAUCACCUUCUCCAUCUGAUGGACGUAUUAACAACACUCGAUUCGAGAAGAAAGAUAUGCUUACUGAUGACCAAGAUCCAAAAAUAUCAUCGUCUUCCAAUGACAAUGAAACAAUUCAUAUCCUUUCAAGGCUAGUCACGCGUUACUUGCAAUUGGAAGGUUGUGAUUCUUCGAAUAAAUCAAAGUUAACUACAUCGACAACAAAUAAUCUUCCAGUCGCUUUGAAAUGUGCUUCAUUAGCAGUUCAAUUGAGUUUAAGUGGUGGUCUAUCAGCCCGUUUAUGGGAGUUUAACAUUAAAAAUUGGGUUGCUUAUCAAGCUUUAAUGAAGCAUCCAUCGCCUGAAAGGUCUGCUAAUACGAUGACUGAUGAACAAACUACGCUACCGUGUAAAAUUAAUUCUACAGCAUAUUCAAAGAUGAAUACAUCCUCUGAAUAUGUGUUGGAUAUUAGUCUGCCUCGUGUUUGUUCAUUAUCACAUUUUGUGUUUCACUCAACAAUGAAACCAUAUGAAAAAACGAAAAGCCGCCAAAAGUGUAUAUAA